AUGAGUGGAUCACGAAAUCGCUAUGGAAGGCGUUCUUCAUAUCAGCAUCGUCCGCAUCAAACGCCACCAUACGUUCAACAGCACUUCAACCAAGAACAUAGGGAUUCGGCAAAACUUUCUCGCGUAAACCAGCUGCUUUCUCGGAUACGCGACGAGAAUGAGUCGGUAUAUUCCAGACGGACUGCACAAGCCAAUCAGCUUGUUAACUUACUUGCAGAACAGUGUACCCCCUGGGAGAAAUCGCAGAUUUUCGAAGCGGUGACAAGAGGAUCCGAAAACUCGCAGGGCCUUGAUGUGUUGUUUGAAGAUCUUCGGGCACCAGCCACUUUUAAAACCGCCGUGGCGAAAUGUUUGGCCCAAACUGCCAUAAUUAUGAAUAAUGAAAUAAACUUGUACUUUCGUUGGGUGUUCGAUAGAUUGCAUAUGCUAGGAACAGGAUCAAAAGAGAAAGAGAGAAAGGUUUGGUUGUUGGCCUCGUUGAGAGAGAUUUUUUCUCGUAACUUUGUUAGCGUGUCCUCUCAAUAUUGUCAACCGUACAUUCCCGGUCUUCUUCACGAUUUGGAAAGCUUACUCGAUUCGAUGGAUAGCCCUGAUUGCUUUCCCGGUGUUCUCGAAGUCCUGGAUAAAAUAGCAGAGAAUUACUCGGAUGAGUUUGAAGAUCGUUUUCAAGACAUAAUUGACCUAUUGGCUGGGUGGUAUAUCGAUACACCUGGUUUAGAUUUGCACUCACAAAUUUCUGAUUCAUUCAAAAAGCUGGGUCGUUACUGGUCGCAGCAUCUAAACUUUGCAUAUGAUCUGAUGAACAACUUCUUGGUUGACAUGGGAGAACAUUCUGGUGUAACGGUAUCUCAAGAUGGACUACAUGUAGUCAAUAAAAAGAUUAAAAGCGAAGAAGAAAUUAUAGCUAACUUAAAAGCGAUGGCAGCUGCCAUUGUCCCGGUUCUGUCGCAAAAGACGGAAGAUGCGCCAGCCACCAAUGAUCAUAGCAUUCACCAUCCGUUUGAUCGUUUGCGUUUAUUCGUAAUAAAAUUCAUAUUUGCGAUUGCGGAAAUAUAUAUGGACUCCGAGUGGUUUGAAAAAGGCAAUCAGACGAUCCUGACUUUAAGUAUUCCGAGAAAGGAAUUCUUUGUUCCAAAUCAAGUUUUGGCAACCAAAUUUUGGCUGCUUCAAGUGCAAAAUGGGUUUAAUAAAGAAUGUUCGGCCUCGGUUUUUGAGGAAUGGUUUGAUUGUUUUCUUCAGUCAUCAUUAAAGGUGUUGGAUUAUCAAUCGAAGAGUCACCUCCUUGAUGUGAGGUCUGCAAUGUUAAUAUUCACUUUUGAUAUUGAGGUUCUUUCUGAAUUAGCUUGUUCGUGGAAUAAUGCCGCAGAGGAUCUCCAAAAGGUGAUUUAUAAUGCUGGAAUGAUCGCGAAAUCUUUAUUGAUGGAAGAUGUGUAUUCAACCCCUCACUCUGGGAAUUUCGGGCCACAGCACUUUCAAAUUGCGAUGAAAAAUCUUGGAAUGGAAGAGUUCUUGUCUGCUCAAGAUGAACCAGACAACCACAUUUAUGACACGAGCGAAAAGAGUCAGUGGCGAUGCCGCCUAUUCUUUUCUUGCCAGGGUAUUGAAAUGUUCGACAGGAACAGGUCGACGGAAGAGGAACGUCGAGAUCCCGGCGAUAUCUCCACGGUUACCGCAAAUUCCGACGACUUGCUCGUAUUCUGGACUGUAUGGGAAGUGGCUCGUUAUUGUGUGCUGUCCAGAUUACGGACUCCCUUCGGAGGGCCAAAGCAGACAUUCGAUGUCUUUGAAAAGAGAUUAAACGAUUUAUUAGCGCAAGAUUGGACGAUAUUUGUUGGACGCGAUAUGCCUACCAAUGUUUUAAACGACAGCCUGUCGAAUAUAUCGCAGCUUCGCGAAAUUUUAAAUAUUUUUGAUCGCCUAGAACUUCAGAUAUACAAUGCCACCGUCGGGACUUCACUUGGAAUAUUACCUCAAGCUCCCAAAGCCAGUAUCGUUUUCUUUCGGGCGAAUCGUAAAGUUUGCGAUGAUUGGUUUUCUCGAAUCAGGACGAGCAUUGUCAAAGGAGCAAUGAUUUCCGGCGAUUAUGCCUUGGCCGCUAGGCACGGUUAUCAGACCCUAGUCGAAUGUGUGGCCGCCUUAAAGCAGGGUCUGGUGAAAAAUAAAACGGCGUUUUUUGUAGACUUUGAACAAAUCGUGAUUGAUGUUGUCCAGUGCCUUCAAAAAUUAAAUGCAGCUGAUAAUAUAAUCGGCUUGUUGGCUUGGUUAAAACGUAUUUCAUCGAUUAAUGACAAACAAGAACCUUCAGUUCCUGAUUCCGAACCACCUUCAACCUCCGAAAGAGUAGAAUCAUCACCACAGACAAUUCGUACAUUGCUACAACGGGACAAGUUGAUUUCAAGUCCAGAAUAUUUCUCGUGGAUGACCGGUUCACGAUUCUUUGCAGAAUUGAAGUAUGAACUUGCGACAAAAGAAGGAAUCGAUUUCCUUGUUGAAAACGGUGCCGAGAUGCACACGUCCUAUCCACACACCAAGUUUUUACAUUCUCAAAUAAUCGAUGGUUAUUGCAAAACGGAGAAUUGGCAUUCACUAUCGAGUUGGCUAAGUUCACACGACGCAAUCGAUUUGAUUUUUGAUCCACUGUUGCAAUGGAAUACUCAUUACCUAAUGGCACUUGAAAAAUAUCAUGACGAUGAUAAGUUUAACGCAUGGGAAUUAAUCAAAGAUGCCCCAAUGAAAAUAACACAAAAUUACGUUUAUCAUCGCGGCGCAGACCUUGUCUCAUCCUUUUUCAAUUUCCGUGAGAGUCUGAGUCAAACUGCUGGCGAAUCCUCGGAUUUGGCAAAUUCAGAGCGUCAAUCCUUAUUGUCAUUUUUAAAGAAAGUAAUCGAUUCUUCGUUUCAUGUAAAUAAUAUUCCUUUAUUGGUAAAGGAAGUUGCAAUUAAAUCUGAUUCUUCAAGUAUUCAAUGCUUUCUGACAGAAUUCCUGGAUUAUGUUGCUUUUAAUCAACAAAUUUCUUUCGCCGAUACCUUUGUUGACGAUUUGGCGAUUUGGAAUUCAUUAAAUACUGCUGUUGAAAAUUUGAAUUCCAAAGAUUCGAUUGGUUUAUUGUCACCGAGUCAGCUUGAUGCGUUUAAAUUCUUUUUGGCCAAAGUAUCGAGGAAAUGCUUGGCAUUUAAUAAUGCCUUUACCAUUCUCAAUGACUGGAAGCGAGAAAUGCCUUCUGAAGUCGUAUUCGAACAUGCCAAAGCCUUGUUUGCUCAAGGGAGACGUCAAGAAGCGAUAUUACGCGCUUGUACGCUUCUAAGUGAUGAUAACUCCCGUAUCAUUGAAAACACCGUAAACCAGUCAUCAGACUCUUAUGUGCUGAAGAAGAUGGUUUGUUUGAAACUAUCAAAGUGGUUGCAAAAUCCCGAGUUGCAACUCAAUAAGGAGGUCUUAUCCAAUAUUAGAGUUACCCUUGAUGGUCCGACGACCGACGGAGGUUUGCCUGAGACCGAGAACAAUGAUGAAUCCAUCAGGCUUGGUUUAACCGAGUCAUGCCUGUCACGCGCAGUUGAUGGUGAAAGCUCUUGCGGAAAAGCCUGGUUCACGUAUGCUUCUUAUCAUUAUCAGAGGGGCAGGAAGAUGUUGGAGGAAUUGGGUAGCGGUAAAAUUUCCACAAGCGCGUUGCAUAAUCUCCGUCGCUACAUUCAAGAAAUUUUGACAAACGAUUGGAAAACAUUAAACGCCGAUGAGUCGAUUGGUUGGGACGCGAUUAUUAGAAGCGUUUUCAAAAUAUUCCUGCGCAAAUUUAGUCAUCGGUCAAAGUUUGGCCUUGGAGACUUGAACAACGAUUUUAAAGCCGUUUUACCGUGGGUUUCACAAGAUUCCGUCAACGAGAUUGCCACGGCCCUCCAAGAAAUACAAGAGAAAAUUUUUGAUUCUUAUAGAUCUUCGGUGGAUGGUUAUUUCAAAUUUCUACAGUUUGCAAAUUGCCGUAAAGAGGACACAAAGUGCGGAGAGCGUGUGCAUUACAAACGUGUUGAAGAAUCGGAUAAGACCACAGCAUGCUUGAGAUUAUUGAGGUUGCUGGUGAAACACGGAUCACAUAUAGAGGCAUCAUUUAUGGCGGGAUUUGAUAAUAUUGAUGUUCGAUCUUGGGAGAACAUCAUUCCUCAACUUUUUUCACGACUAGAUCAUCCUGAUCCUUUCGUCCAACAUUAUCUUUGUAAAUUGUUAUGCGCCAUAGCCUCCAAUUCGCCGCAGCUUGUUGUGUAUCACACUGUCGUGGCCUCAAACUCCGCUGGAACUAGCGAGCAAAACAAACAGUUGCUUCAAAAAAUUGCCGAAAGCCUAGAUAACACUAAUGGCGCUUUGAUCGCUGAAAUUCGGCAUGUCAUCCGAGAGCUGCAACAUAUAACGGUGCUAUUCGAGGAACUUUGGUUUAAUAAGAUCAGUGGAUUGCAACUUGACAUCAACAAACGAUUUCACAAAAUUGAACGCGAAUUUGAAAGGAUCAACGAUAAUCUCAAUCUUUCAUCGGACCAAAGGAUUCGGAUUAUGAAGGAGAGCUACGACGCUAUCAUGAAACCCAUCAUCUCUUCUAUCGAACGUCUAUGCAAUAAAACUGUUGCGGUUGCGUCGACUCCACAUGAAAAAUGGUUCCUUGAUAAUUUCGGUAAUCGCAUUCAUGAUGCGCUUGAACUCUUGCGGACUCCACGUUCCCCAGAGACAUACAAAGAGGGUUGGGAGAUAUUGCGCAUGGUCCACAAACAUCUGACUAAGGAAUUACAAUCAAGUCGAUCUUUGAAGUUGGCGGACAUAAGCCCAUUCUUGAGUGAGAUAAACUCUUCCCAGAUAGCCAUGCCUGGCCUUCCAUCUCACCACGACUCGGUGUACAUCCAAUCAUUUGACGAAGCUGUUGUCAUACUGCCUACCAAAACCAAGCCUAAAAAGUUGAUUCUUCGUGGCUCGGAUGGAAAACAAUACGGAUACCUUUUUAAGGGAUUGGAAGAUCUUCACCUGGAUGAGAGAAUAAUGCAGUUGCUGCAAAUUACAAAUGACUUGUUCAGGCGAGAGAAACAAUCGCGCCAGCGUAAUCUGCGAGCACGGAAUUACGCCGUCAUCCCUUUGGGAGAUCAUUCGGGGAUGAUCCAGUGGGUCGAAAAUGCUACGCAAAUGUUUUUGCUUUAUAAAAAGUGGCAGCAUCGUGAACAUUUCGCCACGAUAUUGCAAAACAACAACGAACCAUCCACCACACCGCAACGACCUAGCGACAUGUUUUUCGAAAAAAUCGGAAAGGCUCUGAAAAAGGAAGGAUGGGCACCUACAACUUCAAGGCGUAAUUGGCCCCACAUCGUUUUGAGGUCCGUGUUCCUUGAAUUGUUAUCGGAAACUCCACGUGAUCUAUUGGAAAAGGAAAUUUGGUCCUCAUGCGCGAGUCCGACGGAUUGGUGGAAAAAGUCGACAUCACUAUCGCGGUCCUUGGCUGUCAUGUCAGUAAUAGGAUAUGUUAUUGGACUGGGGGAUCGACAUUUGGAUAACAUGAUGAUAGAUUUCGAUCUUGGGGAAGUCGUUCACAUUGAUUACAAUAUCUGCUUUGAAAAGGGAAAAAAGCUUAAAGUUCCUGAAACUGUACCUUUCCGUCUUACGCAAAAUAUUGAGGCGGCCCUUGGCGUUACAGGAGUCGAGGGUGUCUUUCGGAUUGCCUGUGAAAUCGUUCUUGGUGUAUUGAGGAAAAAUAAAGAAAUAUUGACCACAUUAUUAGAAGCAUUUGUCUAUGACCCUCUAGUAGAUUGGCAUCAGGAUUCAUUCGAAGAUCGAAACAAGCAAAUGAUGGAGGUUGAAGAGAACCUGGGAUUAUUGACUUCAAGAAUUGCCGAAUUAAGAGCCCCUAUUGAAAAAAAUCAAGAACGACUUUCAAAUUUAUUGUCAGAGUUUACGUCAGCUUUCGAGCACACCUGGGAGCACCAAGUUAAAAUACGUAAUCAGCAAACCGAAGCGUCAGAUCAAGCGGGUUCUAGUAGUGGUGCUGAUAAUCUGAAGUCGGUCGGUAUUCAAAAUGAUGUGGAAUUGGAAAAUCUUAAAUCUGCUCUUUCCCAGAGAGCCAGUGAAUGUGCACUGUGGCAUGCUCAACACGAGAAAACAAUACAAUCUAUCCAGGGACCAAUACUUCAGGUCAUAUACAACGAAGUUUUUUCCUCGAGCUCCCAGAUCGGGGUGUCCAUUUUUACCCCUUACCUACAGAUCCUUGCAGCAAAUGAAUUUAUCAUUCAACGGUGUGGCAAAGUCGAUCAGGAUCUUAUGGGAUGGAUGAAUGAGCGGAACGCAGCCUUCAAAAGUUGUCUCGAACGUUUACAGUUUUAUCGUACUCUAAUUAUUCCUAUAGCUCAGGUAUUACUGGCACAAGAUUACUAUGCGAAGUGGCCACCUGUUUUAGUUACACUGUUGGAAUCUUCGCUCUCUGUCCAAGACUUUCAAGCCAUAAAUCGAACUUCAAGUUUAUCAAAUGCAUUUAGCAGCGAAUUUAAUUUAACUCGAGAAAAUCUCAGGAUAUCUUCUGCGUCCAUCCUUCAAGAAAGCGCCUCUUUGUCGGAAGCCUUAAAUGUUACCGCAACGAACACUAUAAUGAGUGACACUACUUUGCACCUUAUGCUCAGUAAUAUUCUUAGUGAAAUUGGAUCACGGGGUUUGAACGCGCAAUAUCUUUAUUCAACAAGCAUACUGUUGUCGUUGUCGGAACUUAACCAGAGUCUUCAAAAGUCCGAUAACUUGUCGGAGAUAUACGCUAAAAUUGGAUUUGAUGCGGACUUCCAAUUUGCCAUCAGAGGAGCAUUGUCCAACGAAAUUUUGGAUAAGGCAUCUUUUUUGACAUUCGUGGGAGCCUCUUUCUCCUUGUAUUAUCAUAUUAACAUGGCGAAUAUGCAGAUUAUGAAUGAUGAAGUUCUUCAUAAGAUUACCGCGAUAACGACUGAGCUUUCACAAGCGAUUCGCAUAAUACUCAGCUUGCAGCACCAUUUCGAGAACAUAGUUCUCCCAAAGAUAUUUCUACUGAUUCACAGUUAUCCUCCUCCUGCAAAUCAUUUCAUAUCUUCCUUACGCGAGUUAUCUGCGAAAACUUAUAAUUAUUGGAGCACGAAACAUCCGGAAGCUCAGUCUAUAGCUGAAUCUAUGAAUCACUCAUUCACGCAAAUUCGUGAAGCCAUUUAUAACGAGACUUCUUCGCAAGGAGUUUCUUUGAUUGUGAAUGAAUUUGACGAGUUGUUUAGGGAGUUGAAAGAUACAAUUCUCAAAAUACAGCUUGUUUACGAUGUUUCCGUCAGUCGAUUAGAAUCGCUAGUCAAAAUUUCCGUUGGAAACAAUACCUGCGAAGAUAUCUCUUCCCUUGUCUCCAGCAUGAUUGGAAGGGGACUUUUUACUGAUGCCGAGAUGCAAGUUCAAAAGCUUAAUGUACAAAACUAUUGUUUACAAGGAAGUAAAAUGAAUUAUGUAGCGAUGGUCAAUUUGCGUAAAGCUCAGGUUGAGAUGGAUUUGCAACAUCGUCAAAUGGAGAUAAUAAGUUUCGAAUGGAUAAAUGAGCCAUUGAUUGGAGAGAGCAGUUUAAUUCGACGUCAGUUUUUGCAAAACUUGACGCACGACGUCAAUCGAUUCGCCAUACUAGAAAAACUUCUUCAAGAAUUAUCGGUGCAAUAUAGAACAAUCGAAAAUGAGGUGGCCGAAUAUUUGUCAAACGUUUUGAUCGCCGAGAAUCCUGAAAUUUUGCAUUCUUUCAGCGAAGCAGUUAAUAAUCAACAAAUAAUAAAACAUGUUGUGAGUUUGUGCAACUCCAUAUUGCACCUUGAAACAUUCCGUACGGCAACUGACAAAACCUCUGCAAUGGAUGUUGACACUCUUCAUCUGGUUAAAAAACUCGAAACGGCAGUUUUAGGACGCUCCGAAAUUUCUCAAGAAAAUUCACAGUUGGACAUUAGUCAACAACUAGCAAAUUUGAAGAUCGAUCAGUCUUUGGAAUUGGACCAGCCGCGAAAUCUUGAGAUUAUCGCUAAAGAUUUUUAUAAUACAGUUGAUGAAAUUCGCGGUUUCAUCAUCGACUUGAUUCCGUUAAUUGAACCUAUCUCCAAUGCUGAAAUAGAUGCCGAAGACAGCGGAAAAGAUGCGCGAUCACGAGCAAAGGAAUUUUUGCGCGAAUGGUCUAAUCUUGACUCCGAAAUUGAUAACGUGAUAAACGGUUCCAUUACCGUUAUCGACGAGCGUCUCAAGUACAGCAAUGAGACUUCGGAUUCGGAGUCUGCAUCAAUUUUAGAAAAUCUUCGACUAAAAAACGAACAAGCCAUAUCUCUACUUGCCCAAACGAUGUCAAGAAUAUUUGAUAAUCUUUCCUCUCUAGGUGAGGUGCUCAAUACAUCUAAUCGACAGGAUCUACAGCAGAAAAUUUUACCUCUCGAGGGUGGUGAUUAUAAAACUUUGAAUAUACCUGGAGAAUCUGUUCAAAGUAAAUCCGGUUUAGAUUAUAAGCCAGCAAGUCCUAUUGAAACGGAUGGUCCUAAAGAAAAAGUCGAAAUUAAUAUCAUGGAAGAGGAUGAUCAAAAUGAUAUAUACAGCAAUCCCAUAAACUCUCAAAAGGAAGAACAGGCGAAUGUAGCUACCAAUUUUAUCAGAAGAAAUUCAUUUUUAACUAAUGUAGAAGACGCAGUAGAAGCUUGGGACGCGACCAUGCAACAAGGAAUUACAGCGCAAACGCGAAAUGCGUUUGCAGUUGGAAUAAUUCGUCGAAUAAAGGCCAAGCUUGAAGGCAAAGACUUUGAUUCUACAACUAAAAUGACUGUAACUGAGCAA